GGUAUUGGUUUUAAUAUUCACAACACAGCCUGGAUCUGUCUCUCUCUCUCUCUCUCUCACACACACACACACACACUUUCUCUCUCUAAAAUCAAGAACAGAGAAGCAGUGGAGAAAGAGAGAGAUAAUGAGUGCAGCCAAGCAAUGCAGACACUGUGAACCCUUAAAAGUCUCUUCUUAGAACCAUCAAAACAGAUACCCCAAAAAAAGGAAAAUUCCAGUUGGUGAGAAAUGAGAAUGGGGUUUGAGUCUCAGCUAACAAUGCUCCUCUUGUUGUUUAAGUUUUUUCUCUCUCUACCCACCGGAAAUUCAGAUCUGGCGUCCGACAGGGCCGCCCUCUUGGCCCUCCGCGCCGCCGUGGGCGGCCGCACCCUUUUAUGGAAAACAACCCAACAGAGCCCAUGCCAGUGGGCUGGUGUUCAGUGUGAGAACAACCGUGUCACCGCCCUCCGCCUCCCCGGUGUCUCUCUCUCCGGCCAGGUCCCUGUCGGCACCGUCGGAAAUAUGACCCACCUCCGCACUCUCAGCCUUCGCUUCAACUCCCUCUCCGGCACCCUCCCCUCCGAUCUCACCUCCUGCACGGAACUCCGAAACCUCUACUUGCAGGGAAACCAUUUCUCCGGCGACUUGCCGGACGUUAUAUUCGGUCUCCACGACCUCGUCCGCUUGAAUCUCGCCGGAAAUAACUUCUCCGGCGAGAUCUCAACUGGGUUCAACAAUCUGACCCGCUUGGGAACACUUUAUCUGGAAAACAACCAGUUUUCCGGGUCGAUUCCCGAGUUUAAACUUCCAAAUCUCGAACAGUUCAACGUGUCUUUCAACCGAUUGAAAGGGUCGGUGCCGGAGAGUCUUCAGUCGAUGCCGGCGACGGCAUUUGCUGGGAAUUUGCUCUGCGGUCGCCCAUUGGAUUCUUGUCGCGGAAAUGGGUCUAUACCGCUUGCUGUUGGGAAUGGAACUGAAACCAACACUGGGAACGGGAAGAAGAAGAGCAAUGGGUUGUCUGGUGGUGCCAUUGCGGGCAUUGCGAUCGGAUCUGUUUUGGGUUUUCUCUUACUAAUUGUAAUUUUGUUGUUUCUGUGCCGGAAAAGGAGCAGUCAGAAGACGAGGUCGGUGGACAUUGCAGCAAUUAAGCACUCGGAAAUGGAGAUUGGCGGGGAAAAGCCGAUGGUGGAAGCAGAUAAUGGCAGUUUCGGUAAUGGUUUUUCGGUUGCUGCAGCAGCAGCGGCGGCAAUGACGGCGAAUGGGAAGGGGGAGAUGAGCAGCAAUGGUGGUGGGGCUAAGAAGCUGAUAUUUUUUGGGAAUGCAGCUAAACUGUUUGAUUUGGAGGAACUGUUGAGAGCUUCAGCAGAGGUUUUGGGGAAGGGGACGUUUGGUACCGCAUAUAAGGCGGUUUUGGAGGUUGGAAUUGUGGUGGCUGUGAAGAGAUUGAAGGAUGUGAUCAUUUCUGAGAGAGAAUUCAGGGAAAAGAUUGAGUCUGUGGGAGCAAUGGAUCAUAAAAAUUUGGUCCCUCUUAGAGCUUACUAUUUCAGCAGGGAGGAAAAGCUUCUUGUCUAUGAUUACAUGCCCAUGGGAAGCUUAUCUGCACUUUUGCAUGGAAACAGAGGUGCUGGUAGGACUCCACUGAAUUGGGAAAUCAGAUCAGCCAUUGCACUAGGAGCUGCUCGUGGCAUCGAAUACCUUCACUCUCAUGGCCCCAAUAUCUCCCAUGGAAACAUAAAAUCAUCCAAUAUCCUCUUGACGAAAUCCUACGAAGCCCGAGUCUCUGAUUUCGGCCUAGCCCAUCUUGUUGGACCAUCUUCUACACCCAACAGAGUUGCCGGUUAUCGUGCACCAGAGGUAACUGACCCUCGCAAAGUUUCCCAAAAGGCUGAUGUCUAUAGCUUCGGCGUACUGCUCUUAGAGCUGCUUACUGGGAAGGCCCCCACCCAUGCCCUUAUGAACGAGGAAGGUGUCGACCUCCCUAGAUGGGUACAAUCCAUAGUUCGCGAGGAGUGGACGUCUGAGGUUUUUGAUCUCGAGCUCCUCAGGUACCAGAAUGUUGAGGAGGAGAUGGUUCAGCUCUUACAGCUCGCGAUAGAUUGUGCUGCCCAAUACCCUGACAAGCGCCCUUCAAUGUAUGAGGUCACGAGACGGAUUGAGGAGCUCUGUCAUUCUAGCUUGCGAGAUGAUCAAGAACCACAGCCGGAUGUUGUCGUCAAUGAGGAUGAUGACAGAUCUUUUCGGCAAUCAGGGGCUCCAGCAUUCGACUGAGGAAGAAGCAUCAUCAUCAUAAUCAUUUUAUGAUGCCCAUCUUUAGCCUGCUAAAGUCAGUUGUUAAUUGUUGUUUGUUAAUCUUGGCCUUUAUUUUUCUUCCAUUAAGAACCCUUAAUGUUCUAUUUUCUCAUUCCCCAUUGUAGUAACCUUUCCUUUCUCUCUCUGAUACUUUGGGUGGGGGUCAAUAUCUGUUCCAUUUGUUCUUGUUGGGUGGAUCUUGGUUGCUGUAAUUAUUACUUUAGCUUUUACUUUUGCUUUUGCUUUUGCUUUUGAACCAACUUUUGGUUUUUUUUUUUUUAAAUUGAUAUUGUUUUAGUUGCUUGGAAGGUGGGUAGUUUUUUGGUUGUAAUGUUUCUUCAUGUGAAUCAUACCACCAUCCUUCUCUUAA